AUGGCGGCGCUGCGGGGCCUGCGGGGCCUGCCGGGGCUGCGGCGCCUCCCGGGCCCGCCGGGGCCCGGCCUCGCUCCCCGCGCGCUGCUGCGCCCGCGGGGCUGCCCCGACGGCGGCCCCGGCACGGUGUCCCUGUCCUCAUUCCCAGGCCGUUCCCGGUCCCGCCGUGCCCUGGCAGCCCUGGGGGUCCUGGCCGGGGGGGGGUCCCUGGCCCUGGCGCUGUCCCUCGGGGGGAGCCCCCUGAGCGCGGGGGAGCUGGAGCUGCACCCCCCGAGCUUCCCCUGGAGCCACGGCGGGCCCCUGUCCGCCCUGGACCACGCCAGUGUCCGCAGGGGGUUCCAGGUGUACCGCCAGGUGUGCUCCGCCUGUCACUCCAUGGAGUUCGUGGCUUUCCGCAGCCUCAUCGGGGUCACCCACACCGAGGCCGAGGCCAAGGCGCUGGCAGAGGAGGUGGAGGUGCAGGACGGCCCCGAUGAGAACGGCGAGAUGUUCAUGCGGCCGGGCAAGAUCUCCGAUUAUUUCCCCAAGCCCUACCCCAACCCCGAGGCCGCGCGGGCGGCCAACAACGGCGCCCUGCCCCCGGACCUGAGCUACAUCGUCAAUGCCAGGCACGGCGGCGAGGAUUACGUGUUCUCCCUGCUGACGGGGUACUGUGACCCCCCCGCGGGGGUGGCCCUGAGGGAGGGGCUCCAUUACAAUCCCUACUUCCCGGGCCAGGCCAUCGGCAUGGCCCCGCCCAUCUACGACGAGGUGCUCGAGUACGACGACGGGACCCCCGCCACCAUGUCCCAGAUCGCCAAGGACGUUUGCACCUUCCUGCGCUGGGCGGCCGAGCCCGAGCACGACCACCGCAAGAGGAUGGGGCUCAAGCUGCUGCUGCUCUCGGGGCUGCUGGUGCCGCUGCUCUGGUACGUCAAGAGGCACAAGUGGUCGGUGCUCAAGAGCAGGAAGAUGAUUUACCGGCCCCCCAAGUAGGGCCUGGCACCCCCACCCCGGGGCUCCGGGCCCCCCCCCUCCCCAAUUCCCAGCCCCCCGCUCCGGGGGGGGCAGGGAGGGGCUGGGACCCCCCCCAGGAGGGGCAUUGGGGGGUCCUGACAUCCCCCUCGUGUUCAACCGACCCCAACCUCGGCCCUGGGGGGGCUGCAGGGCUGGGAAUAAACUGUGGGGUCACAGGAAUGGUGUGGGGCUGGAAUAAACUGUGGGGUCACAGGAAUGGUGUGGGGCUGGAAUAAACUGUGGGGUCACAGGAA